UCCACUUAAGGGAACUCCAAAACGUAGACGGAUGUCAAUAGCUGAAAACCUUAUCUGCAGCACAGAAAAGUUAAAGUCUGCCACGAAGACGACACCAAAGAGAAUACCGGUUUUUGAAAAAUUGGUGUCCAGUAUAGAAAAGCUGAAAUUAGGAAGCUGUGAUGACACUGCGGGUGCUAAACCUAGGAAGCAAUUGUUCCAUGAUCAUGCAUAUUCACAUUCAACCACAGAGAGGACUGAGCCAAUCAGACUGACUACUUGUAAACAAUCGGAACAGAGUAAAAUAGUAGAGAAACAACUCAUAGACGACACAACACAAUUAGUGUCCAUGUUGUCCUCCUCGAAAACCAGUGUCCUGUCCACCCAGCGGCUAGAAGCAUUGUUUGAGGAGGAUUUAUUCACCGCUGCACUAGAUGAAAUGUCGGUGAAUAUUCCAUUCAUUUACGAACUACUGAACAAGCUGGUGGGUGACACAGGAUGCAAGAGGGCAACUAUAGCGAUGAUCUACGCCAUGAUAUUGAAUAGCAGAAACAGACGAGUAUCUGCCUUACAGAAGUGUAUGACUGUACUUGCUGUAAAAUGUCAUGCAGAUAAUAAGCUUCUUAGCAGGUUGAACCGCAUACAUAUCACAAUGUCAUCAAAAACAAAGACUAACAUGUUGGAUCAGUUCAGUGAACAGUGUGAAAAGAGAAUAGUAAGUGAAGUAAGAACAGGGGUUGAUGGCAAGUUGAAUGGAGAUAACUUGGACAUUUACGUCAAAACAAAUGACAUAAGGAUGAAAAAUAAGAAUAGAGACUAUCACUUUUUUGCUUCUGACUGGACGCCAUACAGAAUCACUGAUGAGGACUUUGUUACGAACGAAUGGCUCAAGACAUAUGUUGAAUCACAAAGGUGCGAAGAGAAAGCCAUAACACCUGAAAUGUUAAACCCAGACUUGAUAACAUUCCAAUCUAGCGUAAAAACACUAGUGUCUAGAGAACUCUUGAAAAUCUUUCCAGAAUUUAAGUGGAUGAAAUUAGUAGUUCCAGACCAUAUUCCACAUCAUUUGGAGGAAAUAAUGUCUCGCCAAACAAAAUCCUUCACGCUACCUAUCCUACUGAAGAAUGAGGCGAAGUAUGAAGAUUGUGUAUGUAUAAUGGACUCCUACAACCAACAGAUGUCUGACUGGUACAGGAAAGCAGGAAGAAGUGAUGACUUUGAUCAGCUCCAGAUACCUGUUGGAGGGGACCAAUUAACACGGGUUAGACUCGAUGGCGCUAAAACUCUGCGGAUGGGAGCACACACACGUACAGAACGAUUCGACAACCUGUUUCCAGUUGUUGUUGAAAUGUUCCAUAUGCAAAUGGAUUUCUUAGAGGGCCUUUGCAAACAGUUUUUGAAAAACUCAACGGGCCGAGAUGUUGGAACACUACAAAACUUGCAAAUCCGUAUCCAAAGAUCCAGUGUAAAUGGAAAUGUGAAGAGUAGAUUCAAAGCCCAUGAAGAAUUUGUUUUGCUAGUUGGAAGGGCAUAUAUAGCCGAAGCUGCUAUGGAAUACUUCGGCAUACAGGACCCAAAUAGUUCACCAACUAAGCAUGAACCUCCAGAGAACAUUAUGAACAGUCAUAUUUCAAGGCGUAGAGCAGUUUAUGAUGAACUUAUGGACGGCUUCCUGUCAACAAUAUUUGGUCCAUUAAGUUUUGAGGAGCACUACUUCAUCAUUUUGAACUUGAAAGAUGCUGUGAAAGAAGGAGAUGUCUUCAGGAUUAACAACUGCCUCAAGAUGAUGAUCCCCUUCUUCUAUAAUCACUCCCCACUAUCCAAUUGA